GAAUCAGAUAACUCAUACCAAUCGAGCAGCUUAUUUCAUUAACUGUGAAGAAGUGUUAAGCAGCGUUUCCUACUCUGUUAAAAUUUAAUUAACGAACUCAAGUUCACUUGCUCAAAUUAUUUGUGACAAGGACAAAUUGUAGUUGUCUUCUCGGAACACGUGUUUACGUAACAAAGCUCUGAUGAGUUACAAGUGGGAGACAAUUGGACGAAGCAUAUAAGUCAACGACAAAUACUACCAAGAUUCCAUCGAGGAUGGAUUGCUUGAUUUGCUGUACGACCGCGUUGAUAAUAUCCUUCAGCCUCUUUUACCUGUACGCCAAGUACAGGCUGUCCUACUGGAGUAGGCGCGGAGUGAAAAGCCCCCCGACGCAUCUGCUUUUCGGCAAUUUCAAGGACUGCGUCACCCUGAAGAAGCCACCGGGUGAGAUAAUGCGCGAAAUCUACAACAGCGCCGACCCGGACGAUCCCUAUAUCGGCUUUUAUAUCUUCCACAAGCCUAUGCUGCUCCUGCGGGAUCAUGACCUGAUCAAACAAGUGAUGAUCAAGGACUUCGACGUCUUCCCGAAUCGGCGAUUUGGUUCAGGCAUCGAGAGGGACUCGGUGGGCCUGGACAGUAUCUUGUCUAUGAAGCAGCCCAGAUAUAAAUACGUGAAGAACAAGCUAACCCCAGUCUUGACCGGGCAGAAACUGAAAAACAUGAUACCGCUGAUGAUGGAGUGCGGGAAACUCAUGUUGAGUUUCAUCGAGAAAUUGCCGACGGACGAGGCUGAACGGAGUACGUGGGAGGUGAAGGACAUCAGUGGCCGUUAUAGCACUGACGUUCUGGCUUCCCUGGUGUUCGGCAUUAGCAUAAAUUCAUUCGACGAAAAGGAGACUGCCUUCUUGAAAAACGGUAUGAGCAUCUUCAGAGGUUUGAGGCGCGGCAUUGCAUUCAUUAUCCUCUUCUUCAUUCCCGAGUGGGAUUUUUUAAUAGCGCCGUUCAUCAAAACGCCCGCGAAUUAUCUUCGCAAAGUUUUCUGGCAAUCCAUGAACACUAGAGAACAGCUGGCAUUUACGAGAGGAGACAUGAUAGAUUCCAUGUUGGCGCUCAAAAAUGGAGAACAGAAUCCCAUUUACAAGUUUGAAGGCGACAAUUUACUGGCGCAUCCCUCCAGUUUUUACAUCGCCGGAUUUGAAGCAUCCGCCACCGCGCUCGCCUUUGUCCUAUAUGAUCUUGCACGUCAUCCAGAGCACCAAGACACUUUAUACAACGAGAUACAGACACACCUGUCGGGAAAAGAUUUGACCAUGGAUCUGAUCAAGGAACUAUCUUUCUUGGACUGCGUUAUAGCUGAAUCGUUGAGACUACAUCCUCCUCUACCCGUCACUGAUAGGAUAACCACAAGGGAUUAUGAGUUGCCCCGCACUGGAUUGACAAUUGAGAAAGAUAUUCCGGUGUAUGUCUCUAUAAAUGCGACGAAUCAAGAUCCUAAAUACUUUUCCAAUCCGCAAAACUUUAUUCCAUUGAGAACAGAGACAGAAAACAAAAAAUUUUACGAAUCUUUGGCAUUUGGUAUAGGACCACGAUCAUGUAUCGGACAGAGAUUAGCCCUAUUAAUUCUCAAAAUAGCGUUAAUUACUAUCCUUUCAAAUUAUACUAUGUCUUACGAAACGAAUGAAAAACAUGACAACGACGCUAUUCACGUAUUCACGUAUGCAGCUGAUGGUCUGUAUGUGCAAUUCAAAAAACGUAAUUAGAUCCUUACUUAAAACUAACGUAGCACACUUGUAACCGUGUUACUUGGUAUUAUUCGAUUUAGCUUUCAAGAAAUGUUUUUAAAAAUAACACAGAAAAGAUAUAUAAAGAAGAACACAGCAAGUUACCGCAAGAUUGUAUAUUUACAAAUAUAUA